UGUCUACCCAUCACUAUGCUGUCUGUCAGUCAGCCAAGUUUUUUGGUUAUGUUAUUUAAGCAAGUUAAAAGCUGAAUACAUAAAUAUCGGUGAAUACAUUUACACAACAUGAACUUAAAUAUAACCAACCUCAGCAAAUUCGUCUGGACCUCUCAAGCUGUUCCAGGUUUCGGAUUUCAACAAGUAAGGAACAAAUGGGCUAACUGGAUGAUGGUUCGUGAUGUGAAACGUCGCCGUAUGGCGUCAGAGCACUUCCUAGAGAGAUCUAGAAUAAAUGCAAUGAGGAAGAAUGAUAUCCUGCCCGUAGAAAUCAGAGAGAUGGCAGAUAAAGACAUAAACAAGUUCGAAAUGAAUGCUAUUCCUUUGAGAAUCAAUAACAGAUGCGUUAUUACAUCAAGACCCCGUGGUAUUGUAAAAGAAUGGAGGAUGAGUCGUAUAGUGUGGAGACAUUUGGCAGACUACAACAAGUUAUCUGGAGUACAAAGAGCCAUGUGGGGCUAGAGUUUUAUUGUAUAUCUAAAUACCACACUUGUAGGAUUAAUUUAUAAUAAAUUAUUUGUAGUUACCUA